CGCGCCUGCGCGGCGCCCGGCGGCGGUCCUGCGCCUGCGCGGCGAUGGCGGCGGGCCGCGGCGAGGCGGCGGAGGCCUGCGUGGGGCGGGUGGUGCUCCCCGGGGACGUGCUGCUCCUCCCCGCCCGCCCCGACGAGGACGGGGAGCGGCUGCGGCUGGGCGCCGGCGCGGCCCCGCGGGGCCGGCUGCUCUGCGGGCCGGGCCUGCGGCGGUGCGUGGCCGGGCUGCUGGUGACCAAGUGCGGCCUGCUGCGGCACCGCCAGGCGGGCGGCGGCGGGGCGGCGGGCGGCGCCUACUGGGUGGACUCGCAGCAGAAGCGGUAUGUUCCGGUCAAGGGCGACCACGUCAUAGGAAUAGUGACGGCCAAGGCGGGAGACGUGUUUAAGCUGGACGUCGGUGGGAGCGAGCAGGCGUCGCUGUCCUACUUGGCCUUCGAAGGCGCCACGAAGAGGAACAGGCCGAAUGUGCAGGUGGGAGAUCUUAUUUAUGGUCAGUUCCUUGUAGCAAAUAAAGACAUGGAACCAGAGAUGGUCUGUAUAGACAGCAGUGGAAGAUCAAGUGGAAUGGGAAUAAUUGGACAAGAUGGCUUCCUCUUUAAGGUUUCCUUAGGUCUAAUAAGAAAACUCUUGGCUCCCAAAUGUGAAAUAAUUCAGGAGUUGUCACAAUUGUACCCGUUUGAGCUGGUGCUGGGAAUGAAUGGAAGAAUAUGGGUAAAAGCAAAAACAGUUCAACAGACUUUAAUUAUAGUAAAUAUUUUGGAAGCCUGUGAGUAUAUGACUGCAGAACAGAGAAAACAAGCUCUUGCCAAAUUGUCAGGGCAUUGAUAAGAGAAAACGUUGAGGAUUUGCUUGAGAUGACUGUAGGGUGUUUUGGUUAUUUUUGUAUUCAGAUUCAUAUUAAAAGCCAUUUUUAAAUUAAGUACUAGACUUUUGUUGUUCUUCAGUUCCCUUCUUUAUCCACUCAGCUUGUUCUUGUCUUGUUUAGGAACUUUGUUUUUACUCUUAUGAUUAUGAAACCCUGUUUAUGCUUAUGAAUUUUGACUGAUGUGGAGACAGUCUUUAAAAUCUUCCAUUAGCUGUGAGUUUUGAGGUGUAACUAAAGUCUUCUGUAAGAACUGGUCAAUUUGUAAACUGCGUAUAUUUGCUUUUUUUAGUCAUUAUUAAUAUUAAAACUUCAAACAAUAUGUGUUUACUUGGGGUAGCGGAAAGUAUCCUGCAGGUCAUUCAUUCUGGUCAGAUGCUCUAUUUAUACAGUGACAAGAAGUGGUUAUUUAAUAUUUUACAAAAUUUUGGCUUAGAAAUGCAGGUGGAGAAUACCAGAAAAUAAUUACCACAGGGCAUAGCCUAAAAUAAUCAUAGGGUGCUUAAGGCAGAUGAUCAGGUAAGACCCAACAUAUGCUCAUAGUGAUGUUGCCACUUUCCCUAAAAGACUACCUGGCUAGUAGUAUUAAGGAAAUAGCAUGAACAUUCCAGUAGCUUGAUGGCUCACUGGAGGUAAAGAAUAUAGCUGACAGUAAUGCUAUUUGAAGUCACUUGCAACUUUUCCUAAGUGCUUUUUAACUAGAGAUUAGGUAAAGACCACUGCAGCAAUAGCCAUGUAUUUCUCACUUCUAGACAUUUUAGAUUUAUUUUCUUUAGCUACAGCAUGAAGAUUCCAUAUAGCUUUGCUUCAUGUUUAACAAAAUCAGCAUUUCUGAAAAAAGCUGUAUUAGGCUUCAUUGUGUAGUAGUUCCUCACAUGCAUAUAGAGGAAAUGCUGUCCUAAGAAGGAUAAGCUGUCAGUCCAUUUUAGUAUGUGAAUAGUUUGCUGCUGUUCUUUUGAAAGAGAGCCUUGGAGUAAUGGAAGGGAAAUUACUGAUGCCUGCUUGCUGUGGGAGAAGAAUUUGACUGUAUGUACCCAAUGAACUGCAUUGGAGCUGUUUAAGCAGUUAUUUAGAUCUGUGAUGGUUUUGGUUCUUAAUAAGCUGAAUAGUUUGAUACCAAUAGUUAAAUGAAAUUUGAAAAAAUGGACUAAUUAGAGUGAGCCUGAAUACUGUCUUAAUUCCAAGUGGAAACAAAAUUCUUCCUAUUCUGUAUUUCAUCCAAAGUUCAGCCUGUGGUAUUUGAUGAUGCGGUUUUCUUUGGCAUCUCUCUAAUUUAGAAAUUGCUUCAAUUCAGAGCCAUUUCUCUGAGUCAUCUUUAAUAUGCUUACCUAGGGCUUCCCCUGAUUCAAUAAAAACACAACUCUAAUGGUUUCCAUGUGAGUCUAAUGGCUACAAUCCAGAAUUCUUUCUGGGUUUUACUGGCCUCUGUAUUUAGUGUUUAGGAUAUUGCUUAUCUGGCUUGGUAGAUCUUUAGUCAUCUUUUUUUUUCACCUGUCUUCUCCCAGCUGAAGUAACUUUCAUUCACAUCCCAUAAAUCUUUUAGGCCUAUAACCUUUCUCUUACUACACCUGAAAAGCUGUAACUUAAUAAGGAUUUCACUAAUGCUGCUCUUCUCCAGUGUUUUUUCAACUUUAGUUAACUAGAGGCCCUGCAGGUUGUCUGUUGUUAGAACAAUAGCUGGCAUAAGCAGAAAAGCACUUGCCAAAUCAUCUCAGGGUGCUAGCUUCGUUUUCUGUGAAUGUUCUUGGAUCAUAAUAGUAAAACCACAGGAAUGGGGAAUGACAUGGAUCAUUUCCUGAAGAGUUGUGGCUUGAAAUGCAAUUAGCCUUACCACUCCCCCUUUUACUUGUCUAAGCAGCCUCCCUUCCCUCCCAAAAGUCUUGAGUUUUAAGCCUAACCUGCAAGAUAUGUGAACAAUCCCUGAUUUAAAAAUGCUGUUUUGGUAGUGCAGCAUAGCAAAUGGUGAAAGUUUUCAACAUCAUCAGUGCCCCAUUUCACACCACCCAUUAUUCUGUCCUGUUGUCAACUGCUUACCACCCGAGUAGAACCUUGAUUAAAUCAAGAGCAGGGAACAAAAUGCAUUAAAACUAUGCUUGUGUUUAAUACACAGUCAUUUUAAGUAUGUACUACACUUAAGUUUGACAACUUACGCAGUGACAAAAAUGACAGUGGAUGUGAGUAAAACAGGUGUGGGGAAAAAUGCUUGAACGCAAAUACAUUUAAACACAAUACUAAAAGAAGGCAGUAUUGGUGUUUUGGUUUCUUUUUAACUGGAGAAAAGAAAACUCUCUACAUUCCUUAAACCAAUUACUAGCUUUGACAAGCUUUAUCUCAGGAACAAAAUGUUCAGGCAAAAUCUGUAUGAUGUCUUUGUGAACUUUUAGUUCUGGCUCAGUGACUAAACCAGUAUUAUCAAAAAGAGCGACGUAGAAUAUAACUUGGUUCUAGGAAGAAAGACUGGUCAUGAGUGGAUGAAGUCCUUGGCAUUCCCAUUAGAAGCACAUAAACACAUUUCAGGAAAUGGAACUUGCAGAAGUGAUGCUGUGGACUUGAAAUGUACCUUGAUUAGUAGGAUGUCUUUCUGUUGCAUUUGUGUGAUGUUUGCCCUUGUCAGUUUAAGUCAUUAUUUUAGUCAUUCAUUUCAGAUACUUGGUAAUUGUGCAUUGGGUUGCUUUGUUACAUUGCUUUUCAUUCAAGUUGUGAUGAAAGUUAAAAAGUAAAGAUUGUAGAUGUCAACACGGACACAGUCCUUAUCCUCAGAGAUGAGCAUGACCCCUUAAAAAGAAAGUUUACAAAGAAUUAAAUGGAAACCGUACAUUGAAAAUAUGAAAUAUGUAGUUUGUGGCCCUUCCUAGGUUGAUGUGUUGUGUAAAGACCAAGAAUAAAUGCUAACAAAGUACAGAUAUGCAGUGUUGAAAUUGUGUGAAAGUAAAACAUUAGUAUUUUGCUCUAGCAGAAGAAAGUUGCACAGAUAAAUAGUUCAACGUAAUAAGAGGAUUAAGAGCUUAACUGUAAGGUUAUGGUUAGAGCGUGGCUGUAACUCUGCUAGAUUAGAAGUUUACUGUGCCCAACUACUUAUUACCACCUUACCACUGGAAGUUGCAACUGAGGUUUGCAGGCAUGUGUAUUUGAUUCCUAGCCAGGUUCUGUCAAAAUCACCCACAUUGGCAUCAACACUUUUAAUAGCAGCGUUAUUUUGUUUUUCUAACCCAAAUGUUCUUCUAGCAGAAGAGGUCAUGGAAUUUUUCUCUCGGAUUUUAAAUAUUAAGAGCAGCUCAUCUACUACUGGAGAAUCUCAAAUUUGUUAGAGAAAGCCCAGUUUUCUUAAUGCUUGAGCAAAUGAUUCUGAGUAACAGCUAAAUCAACUGGUAAAUCAACAUGUUAUUUUAAACCUUACAAAUUGGUCAUCUCCAAGCUUUACAUACUUACAUUAAAAAAUAUUUACACUGUUUUUCCUAGCUACAUACAAUCAACUUGGUGAGAUAUGUUGAGUGUAGAAAGUAGCUGUCUUAAGGACAAUGUAGGACACUUUAGUUGUAUUAGUAACACAAGCAGCCUUGUGCUUACUAAUGACUUGUAUAGAUUGCAAGAUGCAUAACUACUAUUGAAGCCUAUAGUAAGGAAUUAAACAUGUAAAUUUUGUCCCAACAACUUGAAAGAGAAACAGCCUAGAAAAGUGUUGGGUGCCUGGAUUUUAAUAGAAACUAUGUAGUAGCUGUGGGCGGUGAACCAGGACUGCUGCAGAAUGACUUUUCCUCUGAUGUCCUGAUCUUGCAGAGGUGCAGUUACUGCCUUUUUGGUGCUAUCAAUAUGGGUAGUUUGGGAUGUUCAAGAGCCUGUUUCUGCUUAUAGAGCCUGAAGCUUGACCACUAUUCUAGUGGCUUUAAUAGUCUUUAAAAAUAACUCUUUACUAGGCCUCAGUGUCCGACCUAGUAUAAGAAAAGCUAAAAAACUGGAAUAAAAUAGCAGUAUAGGUAGCACUGCAGUAAACGGGACAAAGAAAAAACUAUAGGCCACUGAGAGAUUCAAUUUUGCUUUAAUUACGCUUACCUGACCUAAAGAUAUUAAAGACUGAAAGACAGAUAGAAGGACUAAUGACCUCAUCCGCUGUUUCCAAAGGCCUUGGUUAUCUAUUGUAUUGUAAAUGGUAGGCUUUUCUGUGAUUCAGUGUUUAUUAGGCUAUUGCCAAAAGACAUUUGUAUAAGCAUCUGUAUACCCGUUAAAAAGACUUGCUAAUUCUUUCUUCCUGUUCUUGUCCAGAUGGAGGGUGUUGCACCAAUCUCUUCUUGGUGUUCCACUGUGAACUGCUCAUGUGGGUGAAACUGAUUUCAAAAGGCCUGUAGGUCCUUUGGUUUAUUUCGUGACUACUGCACCCUGAUCUUACUUUUGAGAUAAAUCUAAGAUCCUGUGUCCAGGCUGCUGUAGACAGAAUGGUGCUUUUAUUUCCUGAGAAUCAGGAUGAGGUUGCAAGCACCACCACCUGAGUACAUAUCCCUGUACAGUCUCCAAACAAGAGAUGGCUUUUGCCUGGUCUAGUUGAAACAUAUGUCAGUCUGCAUCUGGGUGCAUAUGCCGUUAGAAGCACAUGGGUGAAAAGUUCAAGCUGUAUUUUUGUGUAUCUGCAUCUACUCUUAUUGGCUCAGUAUCGAAAAUCUUAAUUAGUCUGGAAAUGCUUCUACGGACAUAGCGCCUAGAUCUUGCCUUAGCCCACCGCUGUCUGUUUCCUUGUUGCUUUUGAGAUCUCCUGUUUCCUGAUCUAUUAAACAAACUGACUUUUCUAAGCCAUUUGUUUAACAACGCCCUUGGUCUAAAGCUGAUCUACAGAAGCAUGAUCCAACAAGAAAUAGAAAUAAUUAACUUCUGAAAUAACACACAGCUUUGUCAUUCUGUAUGUGAAUUGAAAGUUUCGUAAUGCUAAAUCAUGUUUUAGCAUAGAUACUGUUACAGUGCAUGCUGGGUGACUUAUGCACGGGCAUGCUAGGGAAAUUUAAUUAACUGAUAUACAAGCAGUUUGCAGACUGAUACUCUUCAUUCAGUUUAACCGCUAUAAAAGUGAAUUAUGAAAGCAGGAAGAGAAGGGCUCAAUGUGCUUUUUAAGAGUACUAUUCAAAACCUGAGAACUAGAAGAUUAGAUGUUGGUGCCUGUUGCUCUGUGAAAUGUUCUUUCUGUUUGUGUUAGGGACUUUAUUAGUCUCUUUUCUUUAGCAGGAAAAAUGUGUGAAUAACAUCUGAAUAGGUGUAUGGAAAAGCAAAACUAUUAAAAUCGUAUUAUGAUUGAUCUGUAUCAAGAGGGAAUACCAGAAAACCAAAGUCGUCAAAUUCCCAUUCAGCUUUCCUGCCAAAAUCUCCCUACCCUUCUAAAGCAAUCAGGGCAAAGGUAGUCUAAUAAGGAAGUCCAAUAAGGACAAAGUAGUCCUUGCUGCAGCUCCUCUUAAGCAACACAGCAGCUUUUCAUGGAAAGCAAGCCUUUCUAGAGAGGUAGGCAGAGAAGGUUAGAUUCCAGUAUUUUCAUGACACCAUUUUUCUUUGGGUUCUGUGUCUAUUGGAAGUGUGCGUGCAUUCAAGGGAUUUCAUGGCUUUGUAAAGUCGGAAGACAUUCUUGGGUGGAAUCCAGGUGUGCGGGCUCAGAUUUUUCUGCAUUUUUCUUUUUAACAGUAGGGACAAAUGAAGUCAGAGUCGCUUCUGUGAUUAACUGCUUAUUUUUCUUGCCUGAUGCCUUGUUGUGGACUCCUACGCAGAGCAAACAAUAAAUAAAAAGAAGUUUUCGUCUUGUGAUAGGUGGUGGUUUUUCCCCCUCAGGAACACUGGCUACCUUUGAAUUGUGAAGGCCAACUGCCAGAUUGUUAGAGGUGUAACGUGCAAAAGUAUCAUUAAGAGAAAAGUUUUUUUGUUUUGUGUGCUUACCAUGGCAACAAAAAAUAGAACUGCAAUUCUACCAUUGCCAAAUGUUGACAGCUGGACCCACAACCGUUAUAAAAUUCAGAAGAAAGGAAUGUUGGCAGCCUGCAGAAAUUAGGGUUUUAAUUACAUGCUGAUGGCUGACAGAAUUUGUCAAUCAUUUUUUUGUCAUAAUGUUUUUCUGAAGAUUGCUGUGUCACAGUAGCAAAGACACAUUCUAAUGCUGACUGCAUUUCAAAAACAGCGAGAAAGCCACUUGAGCAUACGACGUUUGGUGUUGACAGAGAACCUUCGCACACUGGUUAAGGAGAAAAAGUAGAGAUAUUACUUGUUUUCAUGUAUUUCCAAGGAAAAAAAGCAGCCUCAAACCCUGGAGUCCUCCCAGAUACCCCAGCUUUUUCAGGUAGUCUGGUAAUGCUGUUUCUGCCAUGAACUUUCCUUAGGUUAUUUUUUGAUUGCUGCUAAGGGUGAGUGACUUCAGUGCUUUUUAUAAUCAAUUUGAUUUCUAAAAGCAUGUGCAUGAAUAAAAGCAUAGCUACCACAAUUUCAGGCAAAAAGACACAAAAUCUUUUCCCUGCAACUGCCUGAGACCGUGCCAUUCUGACAUGUACUAAGCAACAUGAUGCAAUGGGACGUGCUCUUGCAAAACGUCUGUUUGGCAUUGCCGUCCCGCAGCGCAGGGCCGCUGGGCUCUCCUGCGGGAGCCAGGCAGCCUGAUCAGGGAGCAGCCAGCCUCUGGGAAGCCCCCGUGGUCUUCUGCUCCAAGGGGUCUGCCGGGGUGCCCGGGCAGGCUGCCUGGGGAUGGUUUCUGGUGCAUCCCAGCACAGGGGCACAUUGCCUCCAGUUUGAUCUGCGCUAGAGCAGAACCGGGAUGCUGUUGUUGCUUCCAGUUAGCAGGGAACUUGUUUUGUGGUGAGGUUACUCAAAAAAACAAGCUCUGCAUUAAAGAUAAACAAACUGCCAAUAAGGGGUAAACUGAGCAGGUCUAACCAGAGUGGCUGGUGACUCCCAGUUGAGAGAGAGAUAAGAAAAGGCCUUUCAUUUGGUCUAGCUAAGUUUGGGGGACAUGCUGAAAACCAGUGGCUCUAGGUGGUUUGGAAUGUAGACUCUCCAGUAACAUCAAAGAGGUUAUGUUCAUUCUCCCCAGCUGCUGUUGUGUAACCGACCAGACAGCGCUGUCACUGCUACUACCUUUUUUUGUUUGGUUUUUGGUAUUUUAAGUGCCAGCUUAACAGGAGACCCCAGGGAAUAGUCCCAAGGUGGUGAAGAUGAGUCCUCUCUGAGUUUCUGGCUGGAGCGGUGCCUCAUGACCACAAGGAGCUGAAGAGCGCGUUCCUUCAAUGGUGUUGUGACAUGUUAUUGGCUGGCUUAUCUGAGCAAGUAUAUUCUUGAAUGUAAUAUAUAUGUAAGUAUUUUAAGUGCCCCAUUAAUCAGAUUACUUGAGCGAUAAGCUCACUGUGUUCUCGGACUUCAGUCCUUACGGUUUUUUUUUUUUUGCCUUAAAUACAUUUCAGCACCGUAUCUUACAAAACAGUUCGUUUCUUUCCUGGCUUAGCCAGAAGCUAAAGAAAGUCCUGGUGAGGGGAGCACGGGCCCGGCAGGAGCAGAAGGGUGCAAGGAGGCGCAGCGAGACCGGCGAGGCGCAGAGACACGCUGCGCUUCGCUCCUCGCAAAUGUCCUUCCUGCCUGACUUUGGGAUCUUCACCAUGGGCAUGUGGUCUGUUGGUCUUGGAGCCAUUGGUGCAGCUGUGACAGGGAUCGUCCUUGCUAACACUGACUUAUUUUUGUCCAAGCCAGAAAAGGCUACGUUGGAGUUUUUAGAGGAGAUAGAGCUAAAAACUUUGGGAUCAG